GAUUUAGUACUUGGAGCUUUCAAUGUGUUGGAGUCGCGCUUGUCGAACGUUGAAUUUAGUCGAUUCUUCGGCUUCCACAAGCACACAAUCGUCAUGAAGACGCCUUUCAGGGCCCAAAAGGCAGACAGCCUGAUUGCUCCUUUUAGUCGCGAUGUUUGGUUCGUCAUUUUGGCCUCGUGUAUCCUCAUGGGACCUCUCUUGUACCUAUUUGUGGCUCAUUUGGAACCUAGAGCCAAGACAGUGCCGACGACCGAACGAUAUUCAUUGAAAAACUGCUACUGGUUCGUCUAUGGAGCCCUCUUGAAGCAGGGCUCGUCGUUAGACCCAUCAUCAGAUGUUGCCCGGAUCCUGUUCGCCUCUUGGUGGCUUUUCAUUCAAGUGAUCACAUCAUUCUACACGGCUGAACUCACCGCAGUUUUGACCUUAUCCCAAUCCGAACUUCCCGUCCAGAACAUGGAACAACUUCGAUAUCGAGAAGGCGCCAAAUGGGUGGCCAUCGAUGGGGCUGAAAUGGCAAUUCUUCAAAAGGACGAAAGUUUCCAAUACCUGACUCAAGAAAUUGCCGACGGGAAAGGCUUCCUGGUCAACUCGGUGGAAGAGGCCUUGGAACGAGUUUUGAAUGAUGACGACACUUAUUUUUUGACGGAUAAAGCAUUUGCUGAGAGCUACGUUUUCAAUGAUCACAGGGCCAGAUAUUCCGCGGAUCGAGAGCAAGCCCGACAAGAAGGCUGCCGUUUGUCAGUGGCGCCUGGAUUCGAAUUUGGGAGCUUGCCAUAUGGUCUGAUGCUCAGAAAAGGCAACCGAGACCUUAAUGAGAAAAUCAACGGCAUUAUUGAUCAGUUGUCACUCUCAGGGAUUCUGGAAUACCUGGAGAACGAGAAGAGGCCCUUGAGUGAUUUACACACUGUGUGUACACUGGAUGACGAUAAGACACUCAUCGUUCAGGACUUGAUCUCGACUUUCCUAUUGGUGAUUUUGGGUUAUGCUGUAUCCACUUUGGUCCUGACCUCGGAGCUUUUGUUCCCCAAAUGUCUGAAGGGAAGAUUUGGAACCAUUCGCCCGAGCUCCAAUGACCAAUGCAUGUAUCCUCAAGACGAGGAUCGAUUGGAAAGACGCAUGAUCUCGGUGAAUGGUAAAAAAUCAAGUGUGAAUAUCAUUGGGCACAAGUGAUACGGUGCGAGUUGGGGAAAUACAGUGGAAAAUUUCACAAUGGGGCCGACCUACGUACGUAUAUAAGUGUGGGUCCAUCUUUAUCUCUGGUCUAUUGUACGUACAUAGGAUCGCAACGAUGAAUGAAGUCAAGUAAAGCGGCGUGUUCGCAUGAAACAGUGGCAAUUGAUUUUUAUUAUCUUAGAAACGCUAUCUGGAAAACGAAGAAGACUUGCUCUUCCUCAAGCAUAUCCUAAUGUGUAAUGGUAUGUAAGUGUGUAACUUGCAGAUAUUAGACAAUAAUGAAUGAAAUCGGGGUCAACAUGACUAGA